AUGGUCCGUCCCGAAGCGGGACCCCGGCCCGGAGCCGCCCGGGCCCCCGGGCCGCUCACUGGCGCCGCGGUCGCCGCCGCCCGCGCCUCCCGGACCCCGCGGCCGCCAUCUUGCUCCGAGGCCCCCGCAGAGACGCGGGCGCUCGAGGGAGCGCGGCGCGGCGCGGGCGCGCGGGCUGGGACCGGCAGCCGCGGGAGGACGUGCAGAGGACGCGGGCGGCGCGGCCUGCAGCCUCCCGGAGCGUCGCCGGCGCCGCCGCCCGGCCCUCCGAGGCGGCGGCACAGCCAUCUUGAGCCCGAGGCCCCGACGGCGCCCGAGCUGUCCACGGCGCGCCUGAUCGGGGGAAAAAGAACAAAAAUCUCUCAGGACCCAGCGGUCAGUCCCUGGCUUUUAAUUGGCGUUUUAGUAGCGCGUUGCCCUGAAGUGCCCCCUGCUGGACGAGGCGAGUCCUGCGGGCGCGUCUUCCCGGGACCCCGGAACGCGCCCGGGUCACCCCUAAACGCACCUGCUCGUGGGCAGCGCGAUGCCCAGCCCCACGGGGCCCCUCUGGGCGCCUGCCGGCCGCCGGGGCCCGCCCGGGGCGCCACGCUGGAGCCCGCCAACGGGGGCCCGGGCGGGACGGGGGAGGCUCUCGGCCUGGGGGCGGGGCAGGCCCGCGUCUCCGCGGCCCGUGGGGAGACUGGGGCGCGGCCGGGCCCCGCCGUAGCGCCGGCCACGCUGGGUCUCCGGGCCGUGAGUCCGCGCUGCGGGCUCCGGGGUUCCUUAAAACACAGCGUCGUCGGGCCGAGCCUCGCGUGUCGGCGGGACUCCGCGCUGGGGCGGCCGCUCUGGAGGGCGGCGUGGCGGGUCCCCGCAAGUGCCGGGUGCGGCCGCCGCACGAGCCAGCGGCCCCCCUGCAUGCGCGGCCGACGGGGAGGAAAGCGGGCGCCUGAGGAGAGACCCGCACGCCCCUGCCCGCAGCCGCAGGACUCCCCGGAGCGGCCGCCGGGACAGCCCACGUCUGCCGCCAGAAGAGUGGACAACAUGCGGCACGUCCACGCAACGGAGUGUCACUGCCCAGACGGAGGAGGGACCCUGACCCCUGCCACACGCGGGGGGACCCCGAGGACACGGAGACUUACUGAGAGAGGGAGCACGUGCGGAGGGAGUGCGGAGGGAGAACCCGGCUUCCCACCGAGCAGGGAGUCCCAGGCAGGGCUGGACCCCAGCACCCGGGCCGGUGGCCAGGACCUGAGCCGAGGACAGACGCUCCGCCGAGGGAGCCACCCAGGCGUCCAGGCCGGAGACAGCUGGAGGCUGUGCACACCAGGAGGGGACCGGGAGCUGGAGCGCCGGAAACAGUGAAGGAUUUCUCCCCUUGACAGUCCCCUGUCCCUGGGGGUGUCCACCACGGCAGCCUCCCACACCUCCCCGUGCGCCCAACAGUGUCGGGACAUUAUUGACUUUCCGCUCUCCUCAGCCCGAGGAUCUCGGGGUCAGAACCCAGCCGGACACAGAAUCUGCAACACGUAUCUGUAAAGCGGGGCAAUGCGAAAGAGUGAACGUGCCCUCCGUUCGUGGGGGGGGGGGCGUGUGCAGAAACCUGGAUCUCAUGCGCCCACCUGGGGUAAGACUUUAGUGAUGAAAACAAGAAAUGGCAGAGGCAGAUGGAGGCGUCUCCAACAGGGCACCCGGGGAGGGGGGGGGGGCUCUCCCCUCUGUUUGAGUCCACUUGGUGGAAUUUUUUUCCCUUUUUUAUUUAGGGGAAAGUCCCGUUAACAGAAUCAAUCAUUUUAUUUUCUUAA